CCCCAAUCAUUGGUCGUAUGUGCAUGUGAAAAUAUGCACGUAGGAGGAUAUGGCGCUUUCAUAGAUGACCGGACUCCCCUCCUUUUCUACUCGACUUUGAUAUCAUCCAGACAUCGUCUUUGAGAAGACAGACCCCACGAAAACCAUGGCGAAUUUGGAAAACCCCGCUUAUAUCCUUCCUUGCGACGCAACAGAGGCGGAAAGGCUAAACCAGCAACAUAAUCUAUUGUUCCGGGUUCUCGGACAAAGGCUCCUCCCAUCAUCGAUACCGCUGGAGAAAGUCCACAGUGUGGCCGAUGUGGGGACAGGAACAGGUAUCUGGCUACAAAGCUUAGCAUCACAGGCGCCUCAGUUGUCACCGAAUUAUGACCAGCGGUAUUAUCACGGUUUCGAUAUCGGCGAUGCGCAGUUUCCGUCCGACUCUCGCUCCGAGGACCUUGAGUUAAAGUUCACCACACAAGACGUGCUAAAACCAUUCCCGCGAGUGUUUCGAUCGCGAUUCGACUUGGUGCAUGUACGGCUUUUCUCAUUCGCACUCCAAGAAGUGAAUUUGAAGAUAGCGAUGGAAAACCUGUUGCGGAUCUUAAAGCCUGGCGGUUAUCUGUACUGGGAAGAUACCAACUGGACGUCAGUCAAGGAAACGUCCGGCCUUGCCGAAGGUUCGGCUAUCAAAGAAGCUAUAUUCCGCAAUAUGCGAUCCAGAGGCCUUAGUUCCCACAUCAUUGACAUCGUUCACAGGCUGGGUCUUGAAAACGGCUUACGGUGUCUUUCGAAGGCCGACUACCACUCCGAUGAUUAUCCUGACGUGAAUGUGCUUGGUGCAUUAGCCUCUCCUGCAAUUGAAGCAUUCUUGAGAAAGCUUUCGUUAAACGAACGGUUAACCAACAAUUCGGAGGAACCCGGUGAGUUGGAGACCCUUUUCAAACUCCACCAAGAACUGAAUGCGAAGGGCCUGCUGCGUUGGAAAGAAACCUUCACAACAGUCGUUUACCAAACUCCCUUUUAGCGAUUGAGAAGUUCAGCUACAUAUAUGCCUGUAACUGGAAUACUGGCUUGGUAUACGCAACUGGUCAAAAUCCAAAAGGAAGAAUGGAAAUGACGAGAGCUUGUUAUGUUUCGAGGUCCCUGGAGAUGGGCAAAGGGAUUAUAGAAAAGCUAUAUUAAUUUAUUCCUGGAUACGCAUAUC